GAGUGUAGUACGAGGGGAGAGCUUCGGGGAUUUUCUGAGGAAUUAAGACAAAUGUACCUGUGUUGAAUCUUUCGUGAAACAGCAGAUUAGUGUGUUGCAAUUUUCUACAGUUCAGCUUCGUCUGAAGUUUGAAUCUUAGGUCAAUCCUAAGUGAAAGACAGUUAGCAAGAUAUUUUUCCGGAGUGAUGUCGAAUCCUGGGACUCGAAGGAACGGGUCUAGCAUCAAAAUCCGACUGACAGUAUUAUGUGCCAAGAAUCUGGCAAAGAAGGACUUCUUCCGGUUACCCGACCCUUUUGCUAAAGUGGUAGUCGAUGGAUCGGGACAGUGCCACUCCACAGACACAGUCAAGGCCACACUGGACCCCAAGUGGAACCAGCACUACGACCUAUAUAUUGGGAAAACCGACUCCAUAACCAUCAGCGUUUGGAACCACAAGAAGAUCCACAAGAAACAGGGAGCGGGCUUCCUGGGUUGCGUGAGGCUCCUGUCCAACGCCAUCAGUCGGCUCAAAGACACUGGCUAUCAGCGGUUGGAUCUAUGCAAGCUAAAUCCCACUGACAGCGAUACAGUGCGUGGCCAAAUAGUAGUAAGCUUACAGACCCGAGAUCGGAUAGGAAGUGGAGGACCUGUGGUGGACUGCAGAGGACUGUUAGAAAAUGAAGGACCAGUGUAUGAAGACUCUGGGCCCGGACGGCCUCUCAGCUGCUUCAUGGAGGAGCCCCUGCCCUACACAGACAGCACUGGGGCUGCAGGCGGGGGCAACUGCCGCUUCCUAGAGUCACCCAAUCAGGAGCAGAGGCUCCAGGCACAACGAAUCCGAAAUCAGGAGGCCAGAGGCCAUGCACACACCCCUCAGAACCGGCCGCACGGUCACCAGUCACCUGACCUCCCUGAAGGUUAUGAGCAAAGAACAACAGUCCAGGGCCAGGUUUAUUUUCUCCACACACAGACCGGCGUGAGCACUUGGCAUGACCCACGAAUACCACGGGACCUCAACAGUGUGAGCUGUGAAGAUCUAGGACCUCUGCCCCCGGGCUGGGAGGUCAGGAGCACAGUGUCAGGAAGAAUUUAUUUUGUCGACCACAAUAACAGAACAACACAAUUCACCGACCCCAGGUUGCAUCACAUAAUGAGUCAGCAGUCUCAGCUGAAGGAGUCGGGCCAGGCGCUGCCGGUGCAGACGGAGGCGCCGGUGGAAGACGGGGGCGAGGGGGACGCGCCCGUGCGCUACGAGAGGGACCUGGUCCAGAAGCUGAAGCUGCUGCGUCACGAGCUGUCCCUGCAGCAGCCCCAGGCCGGACACUGCCGCAUCGAGGUGUCGCGCGAGGAGAUCUUCGAGGAGUCCUACAGACAGAUCAUGAAGAUGAGACCCAAAGACCUGAAGAAGCGGCUAAUGGUGAAGUUCCGUGGAGAAGAAGGACUAGACUAUGGAGGAGUAGCAAGGGAGUGGUUAUACCUGCUCUGCCAUGAGAUGUUAAAUCCAUACUAUGGCCUCUUCCAGUAUUCUACAGAUAACAUCUACACUUUGCAAAUAAAUGCAGACUCUUCUAUCAACCCUGAUCACCUGUCGUAUUUCCACUUUGUGGGACGGAUAAUGGGUCUGGCUGUUUUCCACGGACACUACAUCAACGGGGGCUUCACCCUGCCUUUCUACAAGCAGCUGCUGGGGAAGCCCAUCCAGCUGUCUGACCUGGAGACGGUCGACCCUGAGCUGCACAAGAGCCUGGUGUGGAUCCUGGAGAAUGACAUCACGCCAGUUCUGGAUCACACAUUUUGCGUAGAGCAUAAUUCAUUUGGGAAAUUUCUCCAGCAUGAACUGAAGCCAAAUGGCAGAAACAUCCCAGUCACAGAAGAGAACAAAAAAGAAUAUGUAAGGCUCUAUGUAAACUGGAGGUUUAUGCGAGGAAUUGAAGCGCAGUUCCUUGCGCUGCAGAAAGGCUUCAAUGAGCUCAUCCCACAGCAUCUGCUAAAGCCAUUUGAUCACAAGGAGUUAGAGCUGAUCAUCGGGGGCCUGGGGAAGAUCGACCUGAACGACUGGAAGGCCAACACGCGGCUCAAGCACUGCGUGGCCGACAGCAACAUUGUCAAGUGGUUCUGGCAGGCGGUGGAGUCCUUCGACGAGGAGAGGAGGGGGCGUCUGCUGCAGUUCGUCACGGGCUCCACGCGCGUCCCCCUGCAGGGGUUUAAAGCACUGCAAGGUUCAGCAGGACCAAGAUUGUUCACCAUCCACUUAAUAGAUGCCAACACGGAUAACCUGCCCAAAGCCCACACCUGCUUUAACCGCAUCGACAUCCCGCCAUACGAGUCAUAUGAGAAGCUCUAUGAGAAGCUCCUGACGGCGGUGGAGGAGACCUGUGGCUUUGCGGUGGAGUGAGGGCCCUGCCGACACCAGCUGCUUAGCGAAAAAGCAGUGACCUAACCCCACCAGUGAAGGAAGAGAGUCUGGGGCUUCCUGUGGAGCAGUCGGGAAUGGGACAUCAGUGAGAAGGAGACCUGGAACCAGGACAGGGAGGGAAGCGGUGACAGAGUGGCAAGGCUGCUGAAGGCUUGAACCUUAAACACUUUCAAAGAAUUUUAGGAGUCAUUUAUUCUUUGUGUGGAUUGGAGGCUGUGUUAACAGGUGAGGUUUCACUAAUGAGCAAGCAAAAUGUCCCUUCUCCAAACUCCAGCCUGUGCCAGCUAAGUCAUUGAAGUUUUUGAUUUCUAUUCCUACCUUGUGAAACAGCAGAUCUGACCUGCUUAGCUGCAAUAAACAGAGCCACACUCAAACUGUUGUCUGCAUCAAGCAGUCAUAUCCACAGACUUGGCCUUUGGCUUUUGGCCUGUCUGUCAACAAAGCCAGUGUACCUAAUGCACAUACUUUAUGUGCUGGAAGAAUUGGCACACAGACUACACAACAGUGAUUAAUUGUAUUAAGUCUGUGUACUUUUUCCUUGGUGCCAGUUCACAGUAUUUUUCUAUAUCCUGUUUAGAUGGCUUUGUAAAUUUCAGGCCUGACCAAAACCAGUUGUCAGAUUCCAGGUUAAUGUUCUGUUUUAGUUCAGAGUGUUUUCUCUCAAUGACAUGUUGAGUUGAGUACAUUCAAGAUAAGAAAAUGUAUUUUUGAUUACCAAGAGUGCACGUUUUGUCUUGACAACCUAAUGGACAGCCUUAGACCCCCCUCGGGACCUAUGGACACAUCAGCUGCCCAGAUAACACUGCCACUUACUGUAUACUGCUUGAGGAGCAGAUUGUGUUCAUCACUCACAAUCUUGGCGGUUUUGUCAGAGAAGAGAUGCACUGUUUCUGGAGUCUCGUAGUGUAACAUCAGGUAUGG